UCGCCGUCGGCGGCAGCUCGAUCGGCUGGGUCGACCUCUCCAACAAGGGGAUCCUCGUCUGUGACGUGCUCCGGCGGGACGAGCGCGGCGGUGACGUCCUCCGCCACAUCCGUCUGCCGUGCACCCUGUCGCUUCACGUGGCGAUCGGAGCCCUUUCUCCGUCGAGCCAGCGGGGCAUCGCCGUCGUCCAAGGUGGCAUUAUCAAGUACGUCGAGAUCUGCGUUCACGCCGUGCCUGACUCCAUUCGCCGGCAGCACCUACGACUCGCUGGACUGGCAGGCCGCCAUAUGGACAUGGACGGGUCCCGAGAAGAAGUGGUGCCUGGACUGCAGCCUCAGAGCUUCCGAGAUCACGGUGGACGACAGCUUCUCCCACUUGCUUCCAGUUCCGAAGCCUCGUUCUCGUCGCCGUGGUGACGAAGCCAUGGAGACGACGGAGCCGGCGACCUUGAGCAGGCUCCACGUGGGGUAUCCUGCUCUGAGCUUGCAUGAGGAUGGUGUCGUCUACUUCAUGGCCAAGGUUGAUCACCUGGAUGGCGAGGCGUGGAUGCUCGCCGUUGACAUGAGGAAUAAGACUUUGGAAGAAGUGGCUGGUUUCAGCACCAAAAGAUGCCUGGCGCUUGGUUUCAGAUGCCCGUGCCUCCAAUACCGCCAAAGCAGCAUGUCGAAACAUCUGGCCGGUAUCGAGGUUGAAGAAGACGAUUCACUGGGCACUGAGCUAACGGAAGAGGCUUCAUGGACUGAGGUCUCUCAUAAGAAAAAGAGUUGUAGUAGAAUUGUAAUUCAUAAUAAGAGAUUACGCAAUGUAUAUUACGAGUGGGACUAAGCGGCGAUUUUAACGGCUCCGCCAUAUGCCGCUGUCUUGCAUGCCUGCCGCGUGGCAUUGGGCCUGGUCCGUCUCAUUAUUAUAUUUCAAUGGUAUAUGUUAUUGGUAUAUGGUAUAAGUCAAUGAUAUAUGGUAUCAGUCAAUGGUA